AUGGCAUCUGAACAAAACCCAACUCCCAAGCAACAUCCCACCUCUACAGUUGCCCAUAAGAUUACCCUGUAUGAGCAGGAAAAUUUCCAGGGCCGCUUCCACGAAGUGAGUGGCCCUUGUCCCAACUUGAAAGAGACUGGAUUGGGGAAAGUUGGCUCCCUUGUGGUUCACACUGGACCAUGGGUUGGUUAUGAGCAAUCAGGCUGCAAGGGUGAACAGUUUGUAUUUGAGAAAGGAGAAUACCCCCGCUGGGAUACUUGGACAAACAGCCGCAAGAGUGAUAGUCUUGCUUCCUUCAAACCUGUGAAACUGGAUGGACAAGAACACAAGAUUGUACUAUAUGAAAACCCUAACUUUACUGGAAAGAAAAUUGAAAUCAUAGAUGACGACGUACCAAGUUUCCAUGCUCAUGGAUACCAAGAGAAGGUUUCAUCCAUUCGUGUUCUGAACGGAACAUGGGUUGGAUACCAGUACCCAGGCUACAGAGGCUACCAGUACCUACUUGAGAAGAGAGAGUACAAGGAUGUAACUGAAUUUGGAGCCCAGCAGCCUCAGAUCCAGUCUGUCAGACGCAUUAGGGACAUGCAGUGGCACCAGAGGGGAAUCUUUCAUCCCACUAAUUGAAACAUUCCUCUGCUCCUAAGCUUCUUGCCAUCAGUUUCUCACUGAUUUGCUGCUAAAUUCCUAACCACAGGUUAAAUGAAUGCCUCCCCACAGUAUUCUGCAUGAAUACAACA